GGAGGCGAGCGGAUCCCGCGGGCGUCGGGGAGGUGAUGGCCCCGCAUCGGCCCCUCGCCCCGCGCCGCCUCCUCCUCCUCCUCCGCCUCCUCCUCCUCCUCCACGGAGGCCUCCGGGCCGCCCACCACCUCGGCGCCUGCGCAGACGCCACGGCCGUGGUCGUCGGCGAGGCCGAAGAGAACGUGACCCUGCCCUGCGGCGCCGGCUCGGCCCCCGGGACCCCCGUGGCCUGGUACAGAGACGGCCCGCCGUCCAUCCUCCUCCUCUCUUCCUCCUCCUCCUCCUCCUCCGAUGCUUCCGAUGCCUCCCGCUUCUCCCUGCUCAACGCCGGCUCCCUGCACAUCGCCUCCCUGGACCUCCGGGACCAAGGCAACUACACUUGCCGGACGCAGCCGCCCCGGCCCGGGGCCCGCGUCCAGCUGCUGGUGACCAGCGGGCCCCGCCGGAUAGCGGUCAGCAUCUCCCCGGCGAGGCGGCUCUCCAACGGGACCCUCUACGCCCCGCGGGGGUCCAGCCUGGCGUUCAGCUGCAGCAGCGCGGCCCACCCGCCCGCCCUGGUGGAGUGGUCGCUCCGGAGGCCGGGCUUCGGCUUGGAGCCCGUGGGGUUCAUCAACCACACGGUCAGCGACUUCUCCCUGCUCAACCUGUCCCCGAGCCUGCAGGGGAACUACACCUGCUUGGCCGUCAACAUGCUCAGCGGAACCAACAGGACCGAGACCGCCGAGCUGCUCGUCUACCGCCUCCCCCGGGGCCCCCCCCAGUGCCGCGCCGAGCCGUCGGCCGGGGGGCUCGGCCUGGAGCUGGUCUGCCUGUGGCCCGGCGGCUACCCGGAGCCCACCUUCCAGUGGCUGGACACCCCCGGGGCCGCCCCCCUGGGCAACUCCAGCCGGCUGCACCUCGACGCCUCGCACCCCCGGGCCCGGCCCGGGACCUUCACCUGCCUGGGGACACACGUCCUGGACACGGAGCCCGCCAACAGCACGUGCGUGGUGCGGAUCGAAGCGCCCCGGGUGGAGUCGCCCCCGCUGCGGACCUGCCUCGAGGGCGGCAACGUGACGCUGACGUGCCGGCUGUGGGACGCCGACCCGGGAGCGCGGAUCAGCUGGCUGCGCGACCUCUCCGGCCCCCACGCCGAGAUCCGGCCCGGCCCCCGCCACGCCAUCGCCCGCCACGGCCCCGUCUCCACGCUCACCGUCCUCCGCUGCUCGGCCCGCGACGACGGCGGCCGCUACGUCUGCGGGGCCCAGAACCCCGUCGGGGCGCACCAAGUCCUCAUCUGGCUCAGUGUGGAGAAGCCCGUGAACGUCGGGGGCAUCGUCGGCGGAGUCGUGGGCGUGCUGCUGCUGGGCCUGGGGCUGACCUCCGCCUUCCUCCUUUACUACAGGCCCGACUUCUUCCUCGCGGGCACUGCUUCCAGGGGUCAAGAGCUGGGUGACGUCUUCGUCCUGGUAGAUUCCGAGGAGGAGGAGGAGGCAGAAGCAGAGGAGAGACAUGAAGAGUUGGAAGAGGAGAAGGAGGAAGAAGGGAGAGAAGCGAGCGGUCACUUGCACAGGGUGACCGCGUUGGUGAGUGAGCAGGAGGCCCACGGGCUGAAUGGACACCAGGCGCUUCAGGGUGACCCAGUCGAGCAGCCCAGCGACAGACGCUGAGCCAACGCAGACCGGCGGGACGGAGCGACUCUUCUGUUUCGGGGGGGGGAUUUUUCCUCCUCGUCUCCUUCCCUGGAAGGCUCCGUGGAAGCUCGGCAUUCCAAUCCCUCUGGACCCAGGCCCCCUUCCCGCCCGCCCGGUGGGCGCUUUCUCCCGGUCUCCGUCCCCGCUUUCCAGACGAGGGGACCGAGGCCCAGAGAAGCGAAGCGACCGGCCCGGGGUCACCA